AUGCACCUAAUAACCCAAGGCGCCGAAGCCCACCUAUACAAAACGACCUACCUGAGUUCCUCCACCCCCGCGGCCCUCAAGAUCCGCCCAACAAAGCCCUACCGCCACCCGAUCCUCGACCGGCGAUUGACGCGUGCCCGCGUCCUCCAGGAAGCAAGGUGUCUUGUGCGUCUUGUGCGCGAGGGCGUGAAUGUUCCGGCUGUGUUGGCGGUGGAUUGGGAUAUCAACAAUAAUACCAACAAUAACCAUAGUGGUGCUGGAGGGGAUGUGGAUGAGGGUGUUAGGGGAAAUGGGGCAUGGAUCCUCAUGGAGUGGAUCGAGGGAUGUGUGGUUCGGGUGGUGAUUCAGAGGUGGGAGAGGUAUAUCAAGGCCCGCUGUGCAUCUGGUUCUGGUUCUGGUGUGGGUGAAGAGGAGAAGAAAGUCAAGGGGUUGUUGAGACGUGUUGGGGCUGCUGUGGGCGCGUUGCAUAAGGCUGGCGUGGUGCAUGGGGAUUUGACCACGAGUAAUUUGAUCUUGAGGGGUGCGGAGGAGCCCGCAGCUGAGGGUGAUGGGGAAGGGGAAGGGGUGAGUCCUGAUAUGCAGGGUGAGGUGGUGUUGAUUGAUUUUGGUCUGGCGAGUCAGAGUAUUCAGGAUGAGGAUCGCGCGGUCGAUUUGUAUGUCCUGGAACGUGCGUUUGGGAGUACGCAUCCCCGUACGGAGCCGUUGUUUGGGGAGGUGCUCGAGGGUUAUCGUGCGAGUUAUCGCGGGUCCGGGUCGGUGUUGAAGAGGUUGGAGGAUGUGAGGAUGAGGGGGAGGAAGAGGAGUAUGAUUGGUUAGGUUUUUCAUUUUGUUCUUUUUUGGGUAGGGGGGUAGAGGGAUGGUGAUGGUGAAUGUGCUUGUCAUUGAGUCGUUAUGUAUAUGAAAGAUUUAGAAGUAGAACGGGAAUGAAAUGAACAGAACGAAUAACGCC